AUGAAAGAACCCACUCGGAAGGAGAUCUACGAAGUGGUGAAGAAAGCUCGUUCUUGCUCUGCACCAGACCCAAGUGGCAUACCUUACAAGGUUUACAAGAAAUGCCCUAAACUUCUUCGAAGACUGUGGUCACUCCUGCGAACUGUUUGGCGAAAAGAGAAGAACUCCAAGACCAUCAACAAGUUUCGCACCUUUCGCAUCAUCUCGUUGUUGAGUGUGGAAGGGAAGAUUUUCUUCUCAAUCCUAGCUAAGCGAUUGACGACAUACAUGUUGGAAAAUGACUCGAAUCGACCACACAACCUCACAGUGGUAUUGCUAGACCUUGCCAAUGCAUACGUCUCAAUUCCACACCAGCUUAUCGAGACGGCUCUUCGACACUACCACAUUCCAGAGAGUGCAAGAAAUCUCAUUAUGAACUACUUCAACGGUAUCAACUUGAGGUUCUUUAAAACCUCUGAAACACACAUACAGGCUAGAUGGGUUCUUGCGGCUCUUGAUGAAACAGUAACGUGGGCAAGAAAAGAGUUUAAGCCGGGGAUGUUGAGAAGCUUAGUGGUUAGGAAGGGAAAGGUGACAAGCCAGUUCAAACUGUGUAUCCGGGGAGAAGAGAUUCCCUCCUUAGAGGACAAACCGAUUAAAUGCCUAGGGAAAUGGUUCAAUUCCUCAUUGAGAGACACGAAUUGCCAGGACAUGCUCAGACAGCAGGUAGCAGAGGGUUUGCAGAGAAUAGACAAGUCGGAACUCCCAGGGAAGUUCAAAGCAUGGGUCUUCCAGCACGGUCUCCUGCCAAGAUUGAUGUGGCCACUCAUGGUCAAUGAUGUCCCUAUCAGCACUGUCGAGAAGCUAGAGCAGAUGAUCAGCAAGCACCUGAGAAAGUUUUUAGGCCUACCGCCAUCCUUCACCAACAUUGGACUGUAUGGCAGAUCAACAAAGCUCCAGAUUCCAAUCAGCUCUGUAGUAGAGGAGUUUAAAGAAGCAAAAGCACGUUUUUUGCUAACCCUCAGAGACUCUGAAGAUGGGAAAGUCAGCAAUGCAGGAAUUCAGGUUAGGACAGGGAGAAAGUGGCCAGUGAGCAAGGCGGUAGACUCUCCAGAGAGCAGUCUAAAGCACAAGGAUGUUAUGGGAUCUACCAAUGUGGGAAGAGAAGGACUUGGUACCAGACAAACUCAAAAGUGGGAAAAAGCAGGGAAAAGAGAAAGGGGAGACCUGGUGCAGAGAGAAAUCAGGAACGUAGAAGAGAAAGCACGGUCAGCCAGGUCGGUCCAGCUUGGACCCGAAGGAGAUUGGACGAAGUGGAGUACACCAGAGAGGAGGCUCACGUGGCAAGAACUGUGGACAUAUGAACCACUUCAGCUAAGUUUCCUCCUGCGGCUAGUGUACGACAUGCUUCCAACCCCCACAAAUCUUCAGCGAUGGAAGCUGACAGAAGGCCCUACUUGUUAUUUGUUUUGGAGAAUAGAAACGUUGCGGCACAUUCUGUCAUUGUGUCCAACAGCCCUUGCACAAGGGCGCUACAGGUGGCGCCAUGACCAAGUACUCAGAAUGUUGGCCGACGCCCUAGAAAGAGAGAGGAAGAACAACAGACCCCGGAAGAUAUUAGGACCCCAAUUCCUUAGCUUUGUCAAGGAGGGUACAACAAAGCUCGCCGUCACCAUCAUUUCCAGAUCUUGUAUUCUGCAAGAUUCAAACGACUUGGAGAUGCGUGCAGAAUAG